CCUCGCCCCGGACCUGCUGGCUGGUGCUCGUCUGGUUGCUGAGGCGGCGGAGGGGGGUCCCGAGGCGACCUCGGGCUCAGCGUGCGCGGCUACCAUGACGGGAAGCAACAUGUCCAACGCCUUGGCCAAUGCAGUGUGCCAGCGCUGCCAGGCACGCUUCGCCCCUGCUGAGCGGAUCGUCAACAGCAACGGAGAGCUGUACCAUGAACACUGCUUCGUGUGUGCCCAGUGCUUCCGGCCAUUCCCUGAGGGGCUCUUCUACGAGUUUGAAGGCCGGAAGUACUGCGAACAUGACUUCCAAAUGCUGUUUGCUCCAUGCUGUGGAUCCUGCGGUGAGUUCAUCAUUGGCCGUGUCAUCAAGGCCAUGAAUAACAACUGGCACCCGGGGUGCUUCCGCUGUGAGCUAUGUGACGUGGAGCUGGCUGACCUGGGCUUCGUGAAGAACGCAGGCAGGCACCUGUGCCGGCCUUGCCACAACCGGGAGAAGGCCAAGGGUCUGGGAAAGUAUGUCUGUCAGCGGUGCCAUCUGGUCAUAGAUGAGCAGCCCCUUAUGUUCAAGAAUGAUGCCUACCACCCAGACCACUUCAGCUGCACCCACUGCGGGAAGGAGCUGACUGCAGAAGCACGAGAGCUGAAGGGCGAGCUCUACUGCCUGCCGUGCCAUGACAAGAUGGGUGUCCCCAUCUGCGGAGCCUGCCGUCGGCCCAUCGAGGGCCGUGUGGUCAACGCGCUGGGCAAGCAGUGGCACGUGGAGCACUUCGUCUGCGCCAAGUGUGAGAAGCCGUUCCUAGGGCACCGGCACUAUGAGAAGAAGGGUCUGGCCUACUGUGAGACCCACUACAACCAGCUCUUUGGGGACGUCUGCUAUAACUGCAGCCAUGUGAUUGAGGGUGAUGUGGUGUCGGCCCUCAACAAGGCAUGGUGCGUGAAUUGCUUCUCCUGUUCCACCUGCAACAGCAAGCUAACCCUGAAGAACAAGUUUGUGGAGUUUGACAUGAAGCCUGUGUGUAAGAGAUGCUAUGAGAAGUUCCCACUGGAGCUGAAGAAGCGGCUGAAGAAGCUGUCGGAGCUGGCCGCCCGCAAGGCCCACCCCAAGUCCGUGGGCCUCAACUCCGCCUGAGCGGCCUCCUGCCUGCCCUCCGCCUUCACCUCCCCCUUCCUGCUGGUGCCCCCUUCCCUUUGCUGCCUCCAGUCCUCAUCUCUGCUCCUUGUCUGUGGCCUCCCCCUCCUUCCUUCCCUCCUCCCCUCCUUCCCUCCAGUACGCUUCUCAUCCCCUUCUUUCCCUCCCCCAUCUCCUUCCCCUGCUCUCUUGGCUCACCACCCACUCUUUUUGCCCCUAGUCCCUCAUCUCCGCCUCCUCCCCAGGCCUCUCUUUUCUCUCUUGCUGUGGGCUCCUCACUUUCCUUUUAUGCAGGCAUGGGGCAGAGCAGGGCCCUGGAGCCUGUGACACAUGUGCCCACAGCGUUAGGUCAGGUCCUGCAGGGAUAUGAGCAAAUCAGGGCCUGGGGUCACCUGGCUGUGGGGCCCUCCUCAUCCUGACCUGUCCCAUUCCUGCAGGGGCACCUGGCAGCUCACAUCCUUCUGUGGGAGCUUGGCCAGCCUCCGCCCAGAGUGGUCCUACUGUGCACACAUGGCUCUGGGGAGGCCACAGCCAGGCAGCUGCUCCAGCCCCGUGACCCUGGCCAUGAAGAUGGGGGCCUCUGGGAACCACCUUUAACCCUUGGACACGCACUCACUCAACCAUGUAGGAUCCUUGUGCAUAAACUGCCACCACACCCCACAAAUCAUCAGGGGGGAUACGGACCCCCUCCCAUCAUCACUCAGGAGGCCUCCUUCCUGAAAUCCAGUCUGGGCCACGGGCCACUAUGGUCCCCCAAGCUCCUCUGUGGUCCCCGUAGCAGCUCGGCCUCCCUGUGCCAUCCUCCCCCCACAAGGGCACAUGCUGAUCCUCUGGGUGCAGCCAGCCAGGGGCUAGAAGGUAGUGGGGUUGGGUGGGUGGCUCACUCCGAACCUCCAGGGACCACACUUCCUCCGUGGCCAGCACAGGACCUGGUGCUUGCAUAACAAAUGAAGGCUUAUUUACACGA